AUGGCGCCUUGCAUAAGUUCUUUAGUGGACAAGCCGAUACGAAGAAUCGGCCAAUUCCUAUUCAUUGUUAUGAUAGUAAUGCAAGAGGUGAACAGUAUCGGUUGUUUCGUGUGUUUCUCAUUUAAUGGAUCGGAUCCAACCUGUGAGGACACAUUCAACUCGACCAUAUUCCACAAAGAAUUGAAUAGAAUUGGUGUGAGCAACUACCACUAUCCUUGUUGGGCCCUCAAGAAAAAGCGCCAAGGCUUGUUUCCUGCUGACCAUUGCAUCAAAGUGAAUGGACAUCGAAUAGACGAUGUGUCACAAACUAUGGUAAUUCGAACCUGUGCACUGGAUUCGGGUACUUUCACUGCAGAUACAGAAAUUGUGCGCAUAUCUCACUGCGGUCAUUUCAAAUACAAAGGUUAUCAGUAUUCUGGAUGUGUACAAUCCUGUGAUACCGACGGAUGCAACGGUGCUUCUAGGAUGAGUAAACAUUUGUACCUCUCCUAUGUAGCAUCAGUAAUAGUUGUGAUUCUCGCUGCUCUUCAUUAUCAAAAUUUAUCUGAUUUUAUGAAUAUGUGGUCAGAGAUGACUGAUAGGCUCUUCAUACAUGUCCUCAUUUGUAAUGUUUGUGCUGUAUUAUUACUUGUUGCGCUAAGUUACGUAUCUUUGUUUAUGAUUGAUGAUCGAUCAUGGAUAUCAUUUCUUGGUAGCUUCUCAGUGUUACCACUACCAUUGCGGUAA